CAUGUUGUCUUGUCAACAUCAUAAGAAUAGAGGUUAUGUCUAUUUCGGAAAUUUUGAAACUUUUGGGAAGAACCUGUUGAAGUCAUUAAUGAUUUUAAUAAAUAAGCAGAGUCCAAAUAAUGAUAAUAUAAUAAAUACAUAGCGCAGGAUUCACCUUUUUUUCUUUUCCACAAUGAACAAACCAGAACUCGAAGGUACAGCCCAUUUACUGGAUGAGUUAGACAAAAAACUGAUGGUGCUUUUGAGAGAUGGUAGAACACUUAUAGGAUAUUUACGUAGUGUGGACCAAUUUGCUAAUUUGGUCUUGCAUAAAGCUAUUGAGAGAAUCCAUGUUGGAAAAGAAUAUGGUGACAUUCCUAGGGGUGUAUUUAUUGUAAGGGGUGAAAAUGUAGUGUUGCUGGGUGAGAUAGAUGCAGAAAAAGAGGCUAAUCUACCAUUAACUGAAGUUAGUGUCGAUGAAAUCCUUGAUGCCCAAAGGAAGGAGCAGGAAUUAAAACAGGAACAACAGAAAUUAGUUAGCAAAGCUUUAAAAGAAAGAGGCUUACAACUUUUAGGUGAUAUGAUGAUACAUGAUGAUAUGUUUUAGCUGCUCAUUAAAACUGAUAACUGAAAAAAUUAUUUGCAUUUGUUUUGAAUCAAAAAUUCUGUGAAAACCAUGUAACCAAAAUGAUAUUCACUGUAUUUGAAAAUGUAUUUCUGGUUUUAUUUCUAUUUAAAUUACAAUUAUAAUAAACCUUAUAUUUGAAUUCCA